UGAAAAGCGCGUAAAUUGACCGUGACGAAAGCGUUUGGAGAGGAGUAGGAAUUAGGAAUUGAGAAUCCGUGUGUGUUGCAUUGUUGUCAUGCAUUGCAUGCGUGAUCUCAUCCUCUUCCCGCGUAAAACCCGAUUCUGGUGGCGUCCUUCCAUGACGACGUCGUUUCUCAACGGCGAGAGAGCGGUGGUGCUGUUCUUCAUCUGCAGAAUCCUCUAUUCUCUCCCUUUCUCUCUCCUCUUCCAUGGCCUCGCUCUCUCUCUCCUCUCGCUCUCCUCCUUCUUCCUUGAGAUCUCCUUCGAUUCUUCCAAUUCCCCUUCUCUUUUCCGCACCAGGCCAGGUGCUUCUUCCGGAAUUCUGCUCGGCGCUGUCACUCUCCCUUCUCUUCUUCUCUCCAAAUUGGUACAAUUGUCGCGGGGAUUCUCACUCGCUCAACUUCAACUUGAAGAGAUUCAAUAUCUGACAUUGCAAUACUGGGCCACAUCUGCCAGCGCCUGCAGCGUUAUUUUCCUCCUCGCCUUUGCUCGACGUCGUGCUCCUUUAUCCCCUUUUCAUUGGGGUGUGAGGUUUAGUUUAUGCUCCAUUUUCUUUCAAGCUCUUGUUUCUGUUGCUGCCCUUUCUACCACGUCUCAAAUUGGGUUGCACCCAGCACUGAAGCUAAUGUGGGCCUUUUGUCAUGGCUUGGCAUCUGUGAAGCUAAUUCAGCUUUUCCUCAGAACUUUUCCCUCUUGUGCUUCCAUUGGGGAAACAUUUUUGGUGACUUCCGGUAUUGUUCUCUAUUUUGGUGACAUGUUGUUGCUUACUAUUAAAAAGUUACAUGAAUUAUUGAUGUCAUCAGAGUUAGUUACUGCAGAAUAUGAAAUAAGUAGAAGUGAGAUAAGCAUUAUAAUUCAGGGGCUUGUGCUUGGUCUUCUGCUAUAUCCAAUAGCUUUGAAAUAUAUUCUCCAAAUAUGGGAGUGGUCUAUAAAUACAACUUCUGCUGAAGCAAGAAGAUACUAUGAGAUUGGGAAAUCUCUUAUGUUUGUUGCUUCUCUUGGAAUUGUCCUGAUCAUGAUUGUACCAUCAUGGAUGCAGUUUGUGCAUGAGUUUCAAAUGCAUCCUUUUUUCUGGGUGCUUUCCUUUGUUUUGUCGGAGCCAUCCAAAAGACUGACUUUAUGUAUCUAUUGGGUGUGUAUAAUUUGUGUUUCUGUUUUCCGAUUCUAUAACAUCUCAAAGAAUAGUAAGAUCGAGAGAAUUCUUUUGCGGAAAUACUACCAUCUGAUGGCUGUCUCAAUGUUUUUGCCUGCCCUUAUCUUCCAGCCAAAAUUUCUUGAUCUAGCUUUUGGUGCAGCUUUGGCAAUUUUCCUGAUGUUAGAAAUUAUUCGAGUAUGGAGAAUCUGGCCUUUGGGACAACCAAUAAAUCAAUUUAUGAACGCAUUCACUGACCACCGUGACUCUGAUCUUCUCAUUGUCAGCCAUUUCUCACUCUUGCUUGGAUGUGCGCUUCCUAUUUGGAUGUCUACUGGGUACAAUGAUCGACCUCUUGCUCCUUUUGCGGGAAUAUUGAGUCUAGGAAUUGGAGACACAAUGGCAUCAAUGGUUGGACACAAGUAUGGUGUUUUGAGGUGGAGUAAAACAGGCAAGAAAACUGUUGAAGGUACUGCAGCUGGUAUAACUUCUGUAUUGGCUGCUUGUUCUUUACUCCUUCCACUCUUCGCAUCGACUGGGUACAUUCUUACUCAGCAUUGGUUCUCUCUUCUUCUAGCUGUGACUGUAAGUGGUUUGUUGGAGGCCCACACAGCACAACUUGACAAUGCAUUUAUACCACUUUUUUUCUUUAGUCUUCUCUGUUUGUAGACACACAGCCUAGUUAGUCUUGGACGAGCGACGACGGGGUUCUGCAAAUAUAUAUAUGUUGUCUCUGGGUACCAAUGCAAUUGUACUUUAACAAAUUUAGGGUUGUGGUAUACAUAGUAGAUAGUAGUUAGGAUUGUAUCUCUACAGAAAUGAUAGAUAUACGAGUGUUCAUUUAAAGGGUUUAUACCCAACACACAUAACAUAAUGUAUGCAGAGUGACAGUUUCCCCAUUUUUGUUGAAACCUUCGUGAGGCCAUGACGAGAGGAGAGUUAUUGAACAUCUAGUGGACAAUGGUAAAGAAAUUGUUAAUAUCUCAUUUUCAUACGUAUUUACUGUUUUA